CUACACAUUCCCAAUUCCCAAUCGCAGCCACGGACCCUUUCCUAUCCUGUUGUCGUAUCAUCCUCCAGAUACGAUUUUGAUUUCAUUUUGUUAAUCGAAGAAACGGAUCAAUCAUGAGCCAAGUUAUGUCGCUACAAGUUGAGCAGGCUGCCUCAACUACUACUACCAACUCCACUGCCACUACUGCGGUGGCCGUGGCUCCUCCUCCUCCUCCUCCCCCAACUCAUCGCCGUCCCAGAGUCAGAGAGGUCAGUUCCAGGUUCAUGUCUCCCGUUGCAUCUUCAUCUUCAUCUUCAUCGUCGCCGAAUCACAAACUACAUCAGCAGCAGAGACACAGACGGCAUCAAGAUAAUAGUCACGGGGAAGGCACAUCUUCCGCCGACGAGAAUCACCGUCCCAUCGAAACCGCUCGGAGCUUGGAGUCGCCGUUUCAAUUCCAACGGCCUGUUAGACAUCAACAACAUCCGCAUCAACGGAGAUCUGGUAACUCCCUGAGACCAGAUACUCCUACUGUGAUGACGUCAUCUUUACAAUCAUCGACAAGACCUAGACUCAUCCAACGGACCAGCAGCGGCGUUGCUACGGCUGCUACAAAACUUUUACAGUCCUUAUCAUCUCAAGAAGACACGUCAUCAAUCGCUUCUGAUGAUAACUCUUCACAAUUAUCAGAGUCCGAUAUGUUGCCAACAGUUUCGAAUCGAUUACUGGGCGAGAGAAACAUCAACAGGGUUAAUUCUUCGCUUAAUCUUCCUCUAUCUACUGCUUCCGUGAAAGGAAGUGAAAAGGCAACACCAGCUGUAUCGAGGUCUUAUACCAACUCCGGGAAACUUGGGGGCUUUUCUUUGCCUCCGGUUGCGCCACCGCAAACAAAGGCGGGGACUGAAGCCAGGAAGGGGAAGAAAGUUUCGAGCCAUCAGGAAGACAUAUAUUCUCUCAAAUUGCUUCACAAUCAUUAUCUGCAGUGGAGGUUUGCUAAUGCUAAGGGUGAGGCCUUUAUGCAAGCUCAGAGAAGAGAAACCGAGCGAACACUUUACUGUUGUGGGGUUAAAAUAGAGGAAAUGUAUGAUUCGGUGAAAAGGAAACGCAUUGAACUAGGGAUUCUGCGGAGAACAAAAAUGUUAUCAACAAUUCUUGAAGCUCAGAUGCCAUAUCUGGACGAAUGGGGUGCUUUGGAAGGUGAUUAUUCGAAUUCUUUGUCAGAAGAAAUUAAAGCUUUGGUGAAUGCCUCACUUCAACUUCCAAUCGGUGGGAAUAUUAGGGCUGAUGUUAGAGAGGUGGGCGGGGCACUCACUUCUGUGAAGUUGAUGGAAACUAUAAUUCUCAAUGUUCAAAGCUAUAUGCCAAAGGCGGAAGAAGUGGAAUUUUUGAUAUCAGAACUAGCUAAGGUGACUGGUGGGGAAAGAGCUCUUAUUGAAGAAUGUGGAGGUCUAUUGUCCAAGACACAUGCAUAUCAGGUAGAAGAGUGCAGCUUAAGAGGCGAGUUCAUGCAACUGCAUAAGAGGCUUCCUGCUAAAUUACAGGAAGAAGAAAACAAGAAUUCAUCACUCAGUGCUGUUCAUAUGAGAUAAAGACUUGAGGCUUUUUAUAUUUUUGGAAUUUCUUCUUCUCUGGAGGAGGAGGUGGAGGUGGAGGGGAAAGUAAUCAAAAUUUCAUAUUCCUUUACAGUUAAAAUCAGGCCAUAGAGUGAAUGACCAGGCAAGAUUGAUUGAUUUGUUCUUCAAUAAUUGUAAGGCCUGCAAAUUUUGUGGCCUAUUAUUGCAUAUUUAACAUAUGAGUGUACAUA